AUGCAUUUCAGCAAGCCACUCAUUCUCCUAGCCGGCCUGGAGAGCCUUUGCAAGGCGGCUAUUUUCUCUGCUGAUGCCGACACCGACAUCUCGGUCUGGGGGCGCUCUACCCCAUCUACCACCACCAACGUUCCCAAGCACCGCAGGCGCGUUGUGCGACAGCGACAGCGCCUGGGCAGCAGGCAGUCUGCCUGGAGCCCGCCGGCGGAUCUGGCCGCCCCACUGAAAGAAGUGUGGGACCACACCCUCGAGACGUACAACAACGGCGAUGCGCUUGCCUUCAAGAACUACGGGUGGGAUCAGCUCAAGGCUGGCAACGGCGCCCUGAACUACUGUGUCCGGUGGGAAUCAGACACGACCGUCUCCCAGGCCCAGCGCGACCAGAUCGCCACGGCGGUCAACGAGCAGUACCAGAAGUGGUUCAGCUUCGUCUACGGCUACGACGGCUUCCCCUACUCCAACAUCAGCGUCAACGUCGUGGGCUGGGCCGUCAAGGACGCGAGCCUGCUCGAGGGGUCCACCGAGGGCCUCGACAUCUACACGGACGUCGACGGCGAGGGCAUCCCGCAGUGCGCCGAGUCGUGCGGCCGCUUCUUCAACCAGGCCGGCGACUACAGCGGCUGCGAGGGCGGUGCCGAGAGGCACUACGACAUGUCGCUGUGGCUUACCGACGGCAUGGGCGGCGGCGCGGGUGGGGACUGGGGCCAGCGGAUCGGGGCGGAGUAUUUCCUGCAGGCCCUUGGCUCGGAGAACAUCCACAUCCUGCUGCACGAGAUGGGGCACACUUUCGGCCUGGACGACUUCUAUGACUGGACGCCCACGGGACAGACCUCGUUCAUCAUGCUUGCGGGCGCGGCGCAGGAAGUCACUGAGUUCGAUGGGUGGAUGCUUCGCAACUGGUGGUAUGAGCUGUCCCGGGAGAGGGGCUGGCAAUCUUAA